CGCCCCGCCCCGCCCCGGUCCCGGCCCGCCGCGGCCGGAAAGUGCUCCGCUACCAGGCAGCGCGUUUACGACACCGGUGGCGGGUCCUCGGCCAUGUUCGGGGCGGCGGCGGCGGCGGCGGAGGAGGAUGACGCGGAUUUCCUGUCCCCCGCCAGCGGUGCCAGAUUGGCCUCUCUCUUUGGUCUGGAUCAAACAGUCUCAAGCCAUGGAAAUGAAUUCUUCCAGUACACUGCACCAAAGCAGCCUAAGAAGGGUCAAGUGGCAGCUGCAGGUCAGGCAGCCCAGAAGGCUCCUGUGGCCCCAGCAGCUUCAGGAGCACCAUCAGUGUUCAUGGCCACUGCAGUUCAUGCUUAUCGAUAUACAAAUGGGCAGUACUUGAAGCAAGGCAAGUAUGGAGCAGCUGUAGUGGGGAACCAUGCUACUAAAGAGUACAGGAUCCUCCUUUACAUCAGUCAGCAGCAACAGGUCACCACUGCAAGGAUCCAUCCAGGCUUCGUGCUCACGGUUCAACCCAACAACUACAGUACGUUCUACGAUGAUCAGAGACAAAACUGGUCCAUCAUGUUUGAGUCAGAAAAGGCAGCAAUGGAUUUCAGUAAACAGGUGUGCAUUGCCAAAUGCAACAGCUCUCCAGUGCUUGAUUCAGUCCUCUACCAGGAUCUCCUUCUUGGAGAAGGACAGGGAGUAGAAGGAGGAGACUCUCUGGAGAUCGCCUAUACGGGUUGGUUGUUCCAGAGCAAUGGGCUUGGACAGGUGUUUGACUCAAAUGUUAACAAAGACAAACUGUUGCGGCUGAAGCUGGGAUCUGGAAAGGUCAUCAAGGGCUGGGAAGAAGGAAUGAUGGGGAUGAAGAAGGGAGGGCGAAGGUAUCUCAUUAUUCCUCCAGCAUGGGCCUACGGGGCUCAGGGAGUGGCUGGCCGUGUCCCUCCAGACUCGACUUUAGUUUUUGAGGUGGAAGUUAGGCGGGUGAAGUUGGUAAAGGAAUGCUCUGGUUCAGAUGGACAGAGUGUUGGUUUGAGGGAUUCUCCAGCACCUUCUCCGGUACCCAAUGCAGAUGGCUUCUCUGCAGACACUGGUUUAUUGCCUCCAUCUACAAUACCUCCAAAGCCUGGGGAGCCAGCUGUUCGGGCCAAGUCAAACUCCAUCAGUGAACAGCUAGCAAAUCCAGAUGUAGCAAAGGCAAAGCUAAUUUCUCGGAUGGCUAAAAUGGGACAGCCCAUGCUGCCUUUCCUUGCCGGGACAGCAGGUAGUCAACUUGACUCCAGUGACUCGGAAAUAGAGGAUCCAAAUACACUGAGAGGGACAGCGCAACCGGUGGCUUCAUCUUCAGUGAGACCAUCGCAGCCAGCCCACGCAGUACUGCCCACAGUGUCAGCACAAGUACCUCAAGCAUCUGGUUCUACACCCCCAGUAUCUUCUGCUGCUUUAAUACCUGCAACAAUACAGCCCCAUUCAGCUCUGCCUGGAGGAGCACAGGGCUUUCAGGCAUAUCCAGGAAUGGCAUUUGCUUACCCCCAAACUGCUGCGUCUGCUUCUCAGCUCCAGCCUGUAGGACAGAUGUAUCCUGCGCCUUACCAAGCACCUGGGGAUGUUACUUCCUUUUUGAUGACAGAAGCUCGGCAGCAUAACACUGAAAUCCGAAUGGCCGUUAGCAAAGUAGUAGAUAAAAUGGAUCAUCUGGCUGCCAAGGUGGAGGAGUUGAAGAAACAAAGCUCUGGUAACAGCUCACUACUGCCUGGUAUCUCCUCUGUCACUAUGGAAGCCUCCAUGAUCAUGAGCAAUAUCCAACGCAUAAUCCAGGAGAAUGAGAGACUGAAGCAAGAGAUAUUUGAGAAGAGCAAUCGGAUUGAGGAGCAGAAUGAGAAGAUCAGCGAGUUGAUUGAGAGGAAUCAGAGAUACGUCGAACAAAGUAAUUUGCUAAUGGAGCAGAGGAACCAUUCACUGCAAACAACGAAUGAAAACACACAGGCAAGAGUGUUGCAUGCAGAACAGGAGAAGCACAUGCUGCCAGUGGAUCGGGGCUGGGACCAGGCCAAAGUUGCAGAGGAAUUAGCAGCUGCCACAGCACAGGUUUCCCAACUGCAGCUGGAGCUGACUGCCCACCAGAAGAAGGAAAUGGAUCUGCGGAAGCAGCUGUCUGCUGCCUUGCAGGAGGCAGAGCGACAUGAGAUACAGCUCAACAAACUGCAGGCACAGUUAGCAGAGCUCCAGGAGACAUCUGAGGAUGCUCAAACUAGAUUCAGAGCUGAGAAGCAGAGCCGCAAACAGCUGGACAUGAAACUUACAGCAUUGGAAGAAGAGCUAGCAGACCUAAAAGUGGAAAAGGAGACACUUGAAAAGAAUCUUGCAGAGAGGAAGAAGAAAUCCCUCUCAGAGAGAGCUCAAGCAGAGGAAGAGAUGGAAGAAAUACGCAGAUCGUAUCAGCAGGAACUGGACACGCUUCGACAGUUGCUGAAAAAGGCAAGGGCUUCGACUGACCAGGCAGCCGCAGAGCAGCUAUCACUCAUCCAGGCAGAGCUGGAAUCCCAGUGGGAAGCCAAGUGUGAACGUACGCUGGCCUCUGCCAAGGAGCAGCAUGUUAGACAGUACCAGGAGGUGUGUGAGCAGAGAGAUUCCCUGCAGCAGCAGGUGUCCCAGCUGGAAGAGAAGCUUGCGGCUCUAAAACACUCAAAAGAAGCAGAGGAACAGAAGUUGUCUGAGUUUCAGCAACGUUUGGAGCAACUAGAGCCUAUCAAAGAGAAGUAUUCAGCCUUGCAGUCUGAUGUUGUGGUGAUGAAGGCUCGCUAUGAAGGACGCAUCCGAGACCUGGAGAAGGAUCAGGAUGGAUCUUCACCUGCAGGCUUCACAGAGGAAGUAAAGAAGAUAAUGAACGGUGUAUUUCAAUCUCUUCGGGGUGAAUUUGAGCUGGAAGAGACGUACAGUGGCAGGACAGUUCUGGGUGUUGUCAUGAACACUAUUAAGACUGUAACACUGCAGCUGCUCAACAGGCAGCAGGAGAAACCAGAUCGUGACAGUGAAAAGGAGGAAUCUGGAACAGGAGCAGUGAGACAGAGAUCGUGUGGAGCAAAGACGGAUCACGAAGAGCCGAUGCAGCAUAGCCCGGCACAGAGUGAUGCGUUCCCAGCUGAUCCUGGGGAAGCAACCACAGGCCCCAUGGUGUCUGACCAGGAAGGCAGGUCUGCCAGGCCCAGAAGUCCUGAGGAGGACCAGGUGACACAGAGUAGUGGGGUGUCAGAAGAAGAGAAGGUCCAGGGGGAACAUCUCUCUUCCACAGCUGAAUCCUGCCUGCAUCCUGAUAAGGAGCCAGUACUUGUGGGACAGACUGUUCCUGAGGUGGAUGAGGGCUUUGUCCCACCUGAGCAAAGGCAGGAGAGCAGUCCCAUCGGGAAAGCUGAGACUGAACACAGUCCCUCCAGAGUAUCUUUGCAGGCAGAAGUUGCAGAAUCUUCUGUUGCAGAAGCCAGGCCAGGAGAAGUGGAUGUGGCAGUGCUUCCAGAAAAGCCAGCUGCGGAGCAGAAGGCGGAGGAGCCUGUGGGAGGUUCAGAGCCCCCUCCCUUAAAUGGUGAGGGAGGGAACUGCACAGACCCAUCAGGUGGAGCUGGCUCGGAGAUGGAGCCUGCCUUAGGAUCCAGCACAGCAGAGCUGAGCUCAGCUAUCGUCCGAGAAACGCCAGGAGAGCAGCAACUGGGCUCCAGCCCCAGGCAAAAAGAUUCCAGCCUCUUUGAAGAUGACAACUUCUUUGAAACAGCAUCUCCUAAACCACUGAAGCCUCGAGUUCCCUCUGAGGAGGAUGAUGAGGAGGAAGUGAGCAUGAAGGGGCGUCCCCCUCCAGCUCCACUCUUUGGUGAUGAUGACGAUGAUGAUCUGGACUGGCUGGGGUGAAGAGCUGGCCGGUGAGCCUGUGAGCCCUCUCCUCUGGUCAUGGCCUCUUCCUGUGCGCUGAGCACUUAAUGAGCUGCAUCCGCGGGACAGCUGUGAACAACCAGGGACUUCUCAGGCUCUUGUACUGCAGCCUGCUGGGGCCUGGGAGCAGGAGGCUCUUGUUGCACUCUUGAGCGCUCAGAUCCAUCGCUCUGACCUGGCAAACGUGCGCAGAGGUUGGGACAAGCUGAAGGAAUAACCAACCAGUCUUACUGCAUGUUUGUAUUGCUGUCCUACUUCUGUAAACUGUUGAUUCAUUAACCUGAAACUUUAUGCAAAUAUGAACUCUGUAAAGUGCUUCAGAAGAACAAAUCUGGCAGGACCCUGCACUAGGCAACUACUUUUUAGGAGAAGACAGACUGAAAUCUUGUCUUCUUGCCCAGUGAAGAUCUUGGAAUAUUUCUUCUGGUCCCCGGGGUGGCUCCCAGGGACUCUACCCCCUCUCAGCACCACGUAUGAGCAAAGUGCAGCGGGAGAUUUGGCCGGGAGAGCCCAGGCCGGUGUUCCCCGUGAGCCGUGGGCGCUGAGGGGGGGUGGGUGGGCAGUGCUGUGCGUGGGGCUCGCUGACCCGGGGCCCCACUAGCGGUGCUGCCCGCCGGGGCUCGGGCAGAGCCGUGCUCCAGCCACAGAUGCAGCAUCUGGUCAUGGCUGCUGCAAGAAGCCAAAUCCCCAGCUGUGUUUUUCAGAGAGCCUCAAGGCUCACAGAGACCUUGCGAAAGUUCCUCACUGUGCAGCCAGCUUGUCUCCUCUCUCUCUGUGUCCAAAGGUGAGAUUUUAUUUUUUUUUUUGCUGGGUAGUUUCACUGGCAGUGAAAGCAGCACUACAGAUGCAUAAUGUGCUUCUCAUCUAGAGAGUUUCUGCAGACAGCCAAGCCCAUCUCCUGUGCCUUUUUCUUUGCUGCUGUUCAAAGCAUGGUGAUCAUAGCACAAGUUAAAACUUAGUGAUGGUGGGAUGUAAGCUAUAACCCACCUUCCCCUGGGCUCUGCUGAGCAGCCAGGGGGUUGGGGUAUAACUUUUCAGUCUAAGUGGAUGAGGAGAGGAAAGCAGUGAGGCUAGACAGCUGGGCAAACACGUUGGAUUUCUCAUAGCACUUUUACACUCAUUGGCACUAAAGCAACUUAAAACUAUGAGCAGGUCUGUGUCUUUAAAACAAAUAACCCCCCUUCGUUUAAUAAAAUGGAAGUGCUUAAAAUAACUCUACUACAGUUUAGUUUUUACAACUGUCUCUUAUCAACUGAAUUUGAUCUGUGCCCUCCUAAAUGUGAGUUUUUGGGAGGAACAAAAAAAAAGGCCACUGGGCAUUCCUGUUCUGGAGUGUAGCAGUGGGGCAGGUCCCUGCCCUGCGCCGCACACUCAGUGCGGCAAAUUGCCAAAAGGAGCUGAAAAUGGUGCAGGAGAGCAAAGCCAACCUGCUGCCACACAGGGUAAACAGCUGGGGCUUCCCAGGGAGCCACUCCAGAAGUCAAAGCACUGAACAGUUAUUCGGUGCGGAAUGUGACGGUGUGUGAAACAUGGAUUUUCUGGGGUUCCCCUUCCUUGUGCUGGUCUGAGUGCAGGUACCCUGAUGCGGCCUCUGCACCCCCCGCCUGUGGCAGUGUCCUAGCAGAGGUCAUUGCUAAUACUAACAAAUUCCGGUUCUUGUUUCCCUUUACAGAUAGACAACCUGAGGGAUUUGCACUUCACUUCUUGAAAAAUAAAGUGCAAUUGAACCUGUA